GGGUAAGGGGGGAACGUCAAGCUGAUGUUGACAGUUGCGGGAGGUGCACGUGGUGGAAUAAAACCCGUCGUAAAUCAUCGCGCGCGCACGCCCGUACGGUGCCGGUCGCAUCCUGGGGCGCGAUGCUGUCGGGAUAAACGCCGUCGCGUCUCCCCCCCCACGACGGUGGCACGCCGCCGGGAUCGCUGUCGACGCCGCAACACGGCGGUUUCUCGGGUUAUUAAGGCGCUGUGUGUGAAGCGUCGCCUUCAACAUGGCGGUGGUGCCGUUCGUGCAGCCGUCCCGCGUUACGUUUCUCCGCUCAUCAUGACCACGGUGGAUCGCAACGGCCGCGCAUCGUCGUCGUCUCACCGCAGUCCCAGUAGUCGCAACACGGCGGCAGCAACGCACGAGGAGAGCCACGCGCCGCGCUACGCAUACGCACCACGUCGCCCGUGAACGCCGCACGGCAGAGAGGUACGUCGUGCGGAGGAGCCCACACGCAUCGUCGUCGUCGUCGUCGUCGUCGUCGUCGUCACGCAAUUCAACGCCAGGAGCAGCGUGCAUCGGGGAACGGGCAUCGCUAUCUGCGGACGGACGAUCGACCUUCCUUCGUGGAGCGCGGUGGUGCCGCGUCCCGAGCCACAGGACGGACACGGGAGUCAUCCGCGCCUCGUGUAGCCGUACGUCCUACGUACGCCGUCCUACCUCGGAGCACGAGGAGGAGGUGGAGGAUGCCUGCCCGACUGUCGUAAAUCUCGCGACUUUCGUUGUCCUCGUGCGGGGAAACUGUAUUUAUCAAAACGAUUGCGAGCUACUUACGGAGGACAUUUCUUAACGAAUGUAUCUUAUAUCAGCCUAUCUAUAAAUAAAACUACAUUUGUUACACUUGUCACAAUACCGUAGAUUGUCAACGUUGAUUGGAGAAUUUAUAUUUUAUUUAUUAUACAAGAAAAUAGUCCAAUCAAUUGCUUCCAAAGACUUGUAUAAGCUUGCAGGAAACAGGAGAGUAAUAGGAUAACCAAUAACUAGUUAAAUUAAUUUAUAGAACAAGAAGGUUUUUAUUGACGAAUUUCUUUUUAUAUCCUAGAGGUGAAAAUGUGGAAGUGAAAUAGAUCCAUUUUUAUUAGCUACAAAGGAAUUUAACUGAUGAUAUAAACAAUAUAACAAUUUACAAUAUAUAUGUAUAUUGUAUAUAUAGAUAUAUAUACAAUAUAAUUGUAUAAUUGUCUUUACAAAUAUAAUAGUCAAAAUAUAUAUUUAAAAUCAAAAUUAAGAGAAAUCGAAUUCUCGUCAGAAGCAGUUUGAUCAGUGUAUCUUACCUAUCGUGCCUCCUUAUUUCAUCGCUGUCAUUCGUCUUGAACGGAGAAGCAAUCUCCUAGUGCUUCUCCAAAAUAUUUUUUAGGACAUCUUGCUCUUAUUGAUUCGUCUCACUGCAGUCUGCCAAAAUUUUGCGAAUAAAUAAACACUUAGGUAAAACAAUUAGAAGGGAGGGCGACGUUAAAAUUAGCUGAUAUCUUGUAAGAGACUGGCUUUAUACAUAGUAAAAAAAAUAUCGUUCAUGUUGCCAAUAUAUUAUGAUCCUUUUCUCUUUAUUUGACACAAAUAAUUAUUAUCGGUACCGUUCUUACUUUCGCUGAUAAGACUUUCCUGUUCAAUAAAAUAAUACUCAGUGUUCCAUGCAAGUUGCCUGAAUAUCGUAAAGUCCGUUAAACUUUUAAUCAUUAAUAAUGGCUGAAACACAAAGAAUGACUGUGUUCGGAAGGCAUCCCCCAUGCGCUAAUAGUAGCAGAUUGGACGAACGCCGAGCUAAGAGAUUGGCGUUGCGGCACGAGAGGAACAGGAAGCCGGACAAGCCGGACGAUUUCGUAUGUUACGAGUCGAGCGACGACGAGGCCGAGACGGUGACCGAGGGCAAGCAGUUCCUGAGAACGUCCUUCAACUUCGUGGAUUACGUGCGCGCACGCGAAACGAAUACGCGCGAAGUGCGGAAUAUCAAUCAGGAAUACGGUUCCCGUCAUAUACUGACACACGAUCUGUUUAAGGAGUACUCGGUCAGCUUGAACAAUAUGAACAAAGUAUUCUGUUCUCAGUGGUUGAGUGAUAGACAAGUAGUAUUUGGUACAAAGUGCAAUAAGCUUAUGGUUUACGACGUGGCGACGCAAAAACUAGACCAGAUUCCGUCUCUUCACGGAAGACAGCUUAGCCCGGGCGGUAACGUUAUGCCCGAGCAGCAAUGUGGCAUUCAUUCCGUUCAAAUCAAUCCCUCAAGAACUCUUUUAUCCACGGGAGCGAGAAAUAGUAACGAAAUAGCGAUAUAUAGAUUACCGACUUUGGAUCCGGUUUGCGUCGGCGAGAGCGGCCAUAGGGAUUGGGUAUUCGAUAUGUGCUGGUUGGACGAUGAAUUUUUAGUGUCCGGCUCUAGAGAUACAAAAAUGGCUCUAUGGCGUAUUGAUAGUGAUCUCGCUGAAGCCCCCGAUAAAGCAGAUGUGCCUACACAUAGAUUGAUUCAGCCUGUCUGCGUGAAGGAGUGCAAGUCCGCGCAGAAGGUGCGAGCACUAGCAUUCAAUAAAGCAUACAAGGAGAUCGCAGCAUUGACCCUCAAUAGCUUUAUACAUAUCUGGUCGGCCGAAUCCUUUAAACAGAAAAUAUCUAGAAAACUGCCAGCCUGCCAGGAAAACGUUUGUCUCGCUGUACAAGAUGACGGUGUCUACGCGAUUGGAUGCAGAUCUUACACACUUCUGUUGGACGCGCGUACAUUGCAACCGAUUAAAAAAAUACCGUCAAGAUAUAGCGGUUGUGGCAUCAGAUCGGCAAGUUUUCAAGGCUCUGUUCUAACUAUCGGAACUGGUCUAGGAAUGCUUAUGUUCUACGACGUUAGGGCUCAGAAAUAUCUAGAAUCUUCUAUAAAUUCUAAUAGGACUGUCGUGUUGAAAGCUUCGAAAGGAUAUGUGUUUCCGGACGAGGAGUACAUAGAUGGUUUCCAAAAUGUGAAGUACACUCCCGCCAUUUAUACACAUUGCUAUGACGCAUCGGGUACUCGGCUGUUUACGGCAGGUGGUCCAUUACCCGCAAAUCUUUAUGGCAACUACGCAGGAUUAUGGCAAUGAAGAUUUAUGCGAAUGAAACCACACAAGUACGAUAAUUGCUAAAUUAAGCAAUUAGAAUAUAAGUUGUAGAGAUGUGGGAAUCAAAAUUUUUUGCCGUCGAAUCAAAUUUUUUUUGUUUGAAUACGAAUUGAAUUUGAAUUGAAUCUGAAUUUGAAUCGAAUUAAAUCGAAUCGUAUCAUUGAAACAUAACUUUUAAUUAAUAACAUAAAUAUUGUUAGGUUAAACUUUUAUAUACAGAGUAAUAAAAAGGAUUCUACGUAAGAAAAAUAACGAUUAUAUGAUGCUACGAUACAAUCAUUUUAAGACUCCUGACUACUACAGUCAAGAACUCCGCAACGGUAACGACAUUAUAUAGGAAUCAGAACCUUGUUUAUCAUAUUAAGUUCUACGUCAUAUGUCGGUGUUAUACGUCGUAAGAAUUCUACAAUAUGCCAUAUACCGGUAUCGUCAAUUAAUCGAAUGUAAAGAGAAGAGAAACUGUGAAAAUUGUUGACGAAGACUUGUCUUGCGUGCCAUUUCGUUAUUGCUUAAUUGCGAAAAUGUGACAUGUCUAUUUAUCAAAUUCAUAAAAAUAGAUGAAAAAUAAAGUUAUUUUGUAUAUAAAAGCAUAUUUUUACUUCUUUUAACAGCUGUCACCGUGAGUUUUCUUGCUCGAAUAGGUUUCACUUUACGUGCCUUUUACGACUAUUUACUUACUGUCAGUGGCGAAAAGGAUGGUUUCCAUCCAUUUUUAUAAGUUUUUUAAAGUGAUCUUAUUUUUUUAUAUUUUAUCCAAGUUCUCUUUAUGUAAAAAUGGCACGCAAGAAACUUUUACAUGUCAUUUGCUUAUGACGUCUCGAUUCUAAUAUAGCGGUGACUAGUCAGGAGCCUUAAAUAUAUAUUGUAUUUAAAUAUUUGGUAUGAAACUGAUAAAAUUUAUUUUACUUACAAUUUAAUAACAAGGCCACAGUACUUGUCAAAGUACAUGUGACUAAUCAAAUUGGAGGAGACUAAAAGUCAUCAAAUUGAAGAGUAACUUAUUGUUAGAGGAAAUUGACAUCGAUUUUAGAAUUCACGUUAUUUAUACGUUUUUCCAAAUGUAAUCUUAGAAAGAUAUCUUUUAUUCUUGCAGCACUGUUUUACUUAUUAACGGGAAAUAUGAUUUUAUGAAAUUGUCAAUAUGUAACUUGUAUUUAAACCUCUUAAAUUCGAAAUUUCGAAUAAUUCAGAUUCAAAUUAUCAGAGAUUCAAAUUCGAAUCAAAUCGAAUCUUUUAUUUAAUUCGAUUUGAUUCGAUUUGUAUUCGAACAGUUCACACAUCUCAAAUAAGUUGUAUGUACAUGUUGUAUGAAGGGCUUGACUGCUUGAUUAUUUCAGAAUUACAGACUACGAUGUUUGAAGUUUCUUAUCAAUUUAAUGUUUUAGGUCUCGAAAAGACGAUAAACUUGUCAAAAAAAACCUAA